CUGGUGCUCCACACGUACUCUAUGCGCUACCUGCUCCCGGGCGUCGUGUUGCUGGGCUCGGCCCCCACCUACCUGCUGGCCUGGGCGCUGUGGCGGGUGCUGUCGGUGCUGCUGCCCGCCCGCCUGUACCAGCGAGUGGACGACCGGCUCUACUGCGUCUACCAGAACAUGGUGCUCUUCUUCUUCGAGAACUACACCGGGGUCCAGAUAUUGCUAUAUGGAGACUUGCCAAAAAAUAAAGAAAAUGUAAUAUAUUUAGCAAAUCAUCAAAGCACAGUUGACUGGAUUAUUGCAGACAUGCUGGCUGCCCGACAGGAUGCCCUUGGACAUGUGCGCUAUGUGCUGAAAGACAGGUUAAAAUGGAUUCCAUUGUAUGGGUUUUACUUUGCUCAGCAUGGAGGAAUUUAUGUAAAGCGAAGUGCCAAAUUUAAUGAGAAAGAAAUGAGAAACAUGCUUCAGAGCUACGUGAACGCAGGAACACCAAUGUAUCUUGUGAUUUUUCCAGAGGGAACAAGAUAUAAUAGAACACAGACAAAAGUCCUUUCAGCCAGUCAGGCAUUUGCUGCUCAACGGGGCCUUCCAGUAUUAAAACACGUGCUGACACCAAGGAUAAAGGCAACUCAUGUUGCUUUUGAUUCUAUGAAGAGUCAUUUAGAUGCAAUUUACGAUGUCACAGUGGUUUACGAAGGGAAUGAGAAAGGGUCAGGAAAAUACUCAAAUACACCGUCCAUGACUGAGUUUCUCUGCAAACAGUGUCCCAAACUUCAUAUUCACUUUGAUCGUAUAGACAAAAAUGAAGUUCCAGAGGAACAAGAACACAUGAAAAAAUGGCUUCAUGAGCGUUUUGAGAUCAAAGAUAAGUUGCUCAUAGAAUUCUAUGAUUCACCAGAUCCAGAAAGAAGAAAUAAAUUUCCUGGGAAAAGUGUUCAUUCCAGACUAAGUGUCAAGAAGACUUUACCAUCAGUGUUGAUGUUGGGGAGUUUGACUGCUGCCAUGCUCAUGACAGAGUCUGGAAGGAAACUGUAUGUGGGCACCUGGUUGUAUGGAACCCUCCUUGGCUGCCUAUGGUUUGUUAUUAAGACGUAAGCAGUUGCGGCUCCAGUCAUUGUCUCUUACGGAUGGCUGCACAUUACGUCACAUUGUUUCCUGAAUUAAGGAAGAAGUUUUUUUUAAAGCCUUGGUGAUUGAACUCUGGAUAAAAUAAAAAUAAUUCUGGAUAGAAUUAGUGACCAUAGCCAACAGGCAGUUGAUUUGGGGCAAACACACAUGGCUUUUCAGGUGCUGGGGUUGCUGGAAACAUGAAAGCUAAGUGGAGUUUAUGCUGUUUUUGUGUUCUUCAUGAACUUAUGUCCACUUGCAAAGAUCAUUUGGAUUGUGUAAUUUGAUGUUGUUUAUAAUUCAGAUGGCUGUAUUUUAACAUUACUUUUUAGCAUAUUUCACUAUAUUGGUUAUCUCCCAUCUUGAUUACUUGGCAGCUCAAACUCUUAUCACUAAAGUAUUUUAUAUUUUGAAGCUAUGUGAUACUGGGUUUUUGUUAAAUUCUACAAGUCAUGGAAAGAUAUUGUAAUUAUGUGUUAAUGUUCAAAGAAAAAGGUGAGAAGUAUUCAUGGCAAAAAAAAAUCUGUCUAGCAUAUAUUUUUAUUAUAUUGCUCUAUUUAGCUAGUUUUCUUUAUAUUUACAAAAUAACAAGCAUUUCUAAUAUUUAUUAAAAUUGCUUAAUUUGCAUACCCCUUAUUCUACAGAGAAUAAUAUGUAGUGUCAGAGCGGAGUUGAAACUCUGUUGUGAGUGUCUCAUUUGGCGGAGCUUUAAAUAGCCCAGCAUCUGAGCUACUGAGUUAGUGCCUCCCAGUGUCUGUGCUGUGAGUGCUUAUAAACAUAAGGGCCCUGUGAUUUUCAUAACAGAACGGACAACCACAGUGAUGGAAGUCUGCCAGCAUCCUGAUUGUCUGUCCUAGCACGUGCCUUCAGCCUGUCUCCUUUGCUUUCGCGCUGCAUUUGGUCUGGAGCGUGUGCGUUCAUGGUCGCUUGCUGCUUCUCCCAGCCCUUGCUUUCUAGCUUGGUGUCUUCCAGUGGUGCUGUUCAUUGUUGGGGUGCAGGCCGUGCUGCUGCGUGGCUCAGAGCGGCAUUUCCCUGACUACUGUGGGUAAGCCUCCUUGGCUACUGAAGAAGUGUUUUGCAUUUGUUCAUGUCAGGUAACAUCAGAAUUGGGUAAAUAUUAUUUCUCUUUAGUUUUAAUGAAGCUACACUGUUGAUACAUACAUAUCACCUGUGAACAAGAGCUACCUUCCAGGACCAACUCACAUUCUUCUCAGUCAUGCAACAGUGUAUCCUAUGGAAGAAGGCUUUCUAAAGUUUGAUUUGCUGUAUUCUUAGUUGUAAUUUAAGUGUGAUUGCCUAUGAGUCCUUUAAGGUACCAUUUCUGCAUACAGAUUUUUGUCACAAAAUUAUACCAAUGAUCGAGUUGAAAUAGACCAUUUGAAUCACAAUAAAUAAAUUUUUUUAAUUGAGGGAAAUUUUGCCUCUUAUAUUGUUUUCCUGAAACCAGAAAAUGAGCCAUUUCCAACAUCUUUAAGAGUCAUGCUGUCACUUGGUUUCUAUGUGUUUGUAUAUUCAUAUAUGGAUAUGUAUAUUCACAUGAAUAUAUAUCUGUUUAUGAAUAUGCAUAUUCACAUAUGAGUAUGCAUAUUCACAUGUGGAUAUGUAUGUUCACAUGUGGAUAUGUAUAUUCACAUACAGUACACAUACAUCCAAAGAAUAUAGUGGCCUAAAAGCAAAUCAAAAAACUUGUUUAUCAUGUUACUGUGCCGAAUUGUAAUCAUCUUUUACUUAAAAAAGUGAAGUUGAAAUCAAUCUCACAUUUUGGUUAAAUACAUUUUUUAAACAGUCCUAUUAGAGCUGAUUUUGACUAGAUCAAAAUAAGUACAAGCUAGACUGUAAACAUGGCUGAGGACAGGAGAAACAGCUCAUCAGUUAAAAAGCAGUUGCCAUUUUUGCAGAGGGUUCAGUUCCCAGCACCUGCAUGGAGGCUCACAAAAGCCUAUAAUUCCAGCUUGAUUGGAAUUGGACAUAUUCUCGGGCCUGUGUGGGAAGCCACAUGCAUACAUACAUAUGUACACACACAUUAAAACAAAUUAUGUAUGUGCUGUAUAUUUGAAUUUUAGAAGACAGUACCAUUAGAAUUACAUGGAUGUAACUGAUUCUUUUUAAACAGGGCAAAGUGGUCUACAUAUGGUCUUUUGAACAUUAGAGCUGUAUUUACUCUUCUCGAGAGCAGUCUAUAAAAUAUCAUAAUUGGAAAUAAAUUAUAUCAAAAUGUUUGGAAAACUAGAAGCAUCUCUUAAACAUGUUAAUUUUGACUUGACAUAACUAUUUUCUGAAAAUUAACAGCUUAACUGUGAAUCCUUUCAGAUACUAUAAUUUAAGAUUUUAUUUAUAUUACUGUUAUAUUAAAUAAAUAUUAAUGUCGAAUUGCAGCUUAGGGGCUACUAUAGCUUUCCUUGAUAAGAGUGCCAUCACUGUGCAUGCUUUUAUGUUUCUUGGAAAGGGUGUUUGGAUGAAAGUAAGGAAAUAAAAUCUCUUGUUGUCUCA